AUGAGUGAGGAAGUCAAACAAGAAGUCAAACAGGAGGCGGAAGAGGUGAAGGUUGCCGCUGCCGUCGCAGAAGCAAAAACUGAAGAGGUUGCUCCGGCUCCCGAAGAGACACCAACUGAUACUGCUGUAGCUACAACUGAAAUCACCACCGACGCCACUGCUGAAACCGCUACUAAUGGAGCCAAACCAGCUGAAAAUGGAAGCUCCGGCGAACCAAGUAAAUAUGCCGACACGGAGAACUACAAAAAGUUGAUUGGUUUGAAAAUGAAGCCAGCCAUUGCCGACGUUGUCUGUGAAAUAUAUGAGUCAGGCUUACUCUCCCCGGAAGAUCUUGACGAUCGAGCUGUCGACAUCAUAAACUCGGUCAACCUUGAACAGGCCAAAUUCAUUUUCUCCGAAAUUAAAAGUUCGGAGUUGUUCGGUGUGACUACCAAAUCUCUCUACGUCACAUCGCUGAUUCGCUCAUUCAAAGAUCGUUGUCGUCAACAGGGAGCCAAUGCAGUGACUUCUGGAAAACUAAUCAAUGGACCCGAAUUGGAGUCAUUGAAGAAGAUGCUCGAAGACACCGGUUAUCAACUGGAAGUCACGAUCGGUCAGAGAAAAGUUGGCGGUCCACCACCAGAUUGGGACGGACCUAUCACAGGGCCAGCUGGUUCAGGGCACGAGAUCUACGUCGGCCACAUCCCAACUGACCUCUUUGAGGACACCCUCGUUCCACUUUUUGCCGAAUCCGGUAAGAUCUGGGAUUUCCGUCUGAUGAUGGAUCCAAUGACCGGUGCCUCUCGUGGAUACGCCUUCGUUACCUAUUGUGAAAAAGAGCACGCAACAAAUGCUGCUAAGAAGUUUGACGGCCACGAAAUUUCGACUGGAAAACCACUCAAAGUGAACGUUUCGAUCGCUAACACUCGCCUUUUUCUGGGAAAUAUUCCGAAGACGAAAUCUAAAGACGAAAUUCUUGAAGAGCUCAAGUCUCAUGCAGAGGGCGUAACCGACGUUAUUGUCUAUUCGGUUCCUGAUAACGAGAAGAUACGUAAUCGUGGAUUCUGUUUCGUCGAUUUCAUCGAUCACAAAACUGCGUCGGAUAUCAAGAGAAAGAUUGCACAACACAAGAUCCGUCCAUUCAACGCGGAUGUGUACGUCGAUUGGGCUGAGCAGCAAGAAGAACCAGAUGAGGAUACGAUGUCUAAAGUGAAAGUGCUUUACAUUCGUAACAUCAAAGAGGCUGUAACCGAGGAAAAGUUGACUGAGUUGUUCAAAGAAUAUGCCAGUUUGGAUCGUGUUAAGAAAGUCAAAGACUACGCAUUCAUUCAUUUCAAUGAACGUGAUGAUUGCAUGAAAGCAAUGGAACAAUGGAAUGGAAAAGAGUUGGAGGGUACUGUUGUUGAAGCUUCCCUCGCUAAACCUCCACAAGAGAAGAAGAAGAAACCAGCAAUGCGUGGGCGUGGAUUCGGUGGAGGAUCCGGUGGUGGAAAUCAAGGAGGACGCGGUGGAAAUCAUCAUCGCGGAGGCGGUGGUGGAAAUUACGGAAAUCAUGGAAGCCAUGGGAACCAAGGAAAUCAAGGCGGAUACUAUCCUAAUCAGUACGGUUUCAACAACGGAUACGACAUGCCAAUGCCAUGGGGAGGAGGCUACGGUGGUGACAUGGGAUACGGAGGAUAUAACGGUGGUGGUUAUGGAGGUCCUGGAGCGUACGGAGAUUUCGGAGGAGGUUAUGGCGGGCCAGCAGGUUUUAAUGGAGGUGGAUUCAGAGGCGGGCCACGCGGAUCACCGAGAGGCGGUGGAUUCCGUGGGUCUCCUGGUCGCGGUGGAAUGGCAAACAGACGGGGACGCGGAAAACGGCCAGGAGACGGACGUGGAGGACCAGCAUCCAAGCGAGAUAAUGGAAAGCCAGAUUUCACCGCUGACGUCAACAUGAGCACCUUUUAA